AUGUACUACGCACGAAGCCCUGCAAGAAGCGCCGAGCAGAGCCGUAUUCGGACGAAGCAGGAAUCUUCAGCAAUUGGUACGCGAGGAAGCACCAAGGUAGGGAGUAUCUUUGCCGUACCGGAGAGGCGGGCCAAAGCGGACGCAGCGGCGCCCAGCCCGUCGUUGGGCGAGUUCGGACUUGACUUGAGCCAGAUCGGACAGAUGGGAUGGAUGGAGUUCGCCUCCUCUAAAGCACAAGCUGUGCGUCUGCAACAGGCUGCGGCUGUAGGGCCCAUGUACCUGGUCUAUACUUCAGCAGCCCAGCAGUCAAUUGCUGUGGGCGAAACUGGAGCCUGCAGGCGCGCCACUAACCGCCUAGCGUGCGCCGCUACAGAUACCCCAGGAUGGCGCUUGUUUGUGGGGGUUGAAACCGCGAAAACGGAGCUGGGGCCGUUGACGAUAAAGCGGUUGUCCCGAGCACAUGGAUAUCUCGGUCCGUUGGUGCGCCUUUGGUCUCAGAAGCUGCCUGUAGGUGGUGAAAGUGAAGCCAUCACCAUGCAUGAGAGGAAAGUAAGGUGGGCCAGUGUCAAGUCUGGGCACAGUAGUCAACGGUCCGGAUACCUAUGUAGCUGGGCACCGGAACAGGGCCGGGGCGGAGACGGCGCGGACAGGCUGAGCACGCAGUGGCAUCAUGCCCAAGCGGUCACGGCUGCCACUGGGGCAACUAAGGAGGUUUUACGCUCCUGCUGCGCACUUCACGCACAUCUGCCCCCUCUAACAACAUCUGGCAUUUGGCCACUAGCAGUGGGUGCCGGAUGGCCAACAGCUAAGGUAGUGGCAUCGCCUUAUAGCCAAUCCCUCCUCACCCAUAGCCAAACACUUGUUGACUGGAGGUGUAGCGGCCAGUCGCCAAUCCUGGAGGCACUUGAGCCGAUGAUGACCUCGCUAGCCCCGGCACGGCCUGUCAGCAGCAUAGAUCAAGCCAACCGGAGGGCACGACGUUCCUAUGUUUCAUAUGUCAUUAGCAUCGAGGCUGUGGCGAGUCGAGUCCCUGACUUUGCUCUGGACGUCGGCAAAUUGCAAUCUACUGAGGCAAUAAGCCGAUAA